AGGUCACUCUCUCCACCAUCAACUGAUUGUUGAUCCCAUUUACGACCCUGACCUCGACAGAACCACACCCGGCGAUAGACACACCUUUUUGCAUCCAGGUUUCGAAUUGGUUCCAUGAUGCAAGACCCGCGACACACACCGAAUCCCCUGCGCCCUUACUACAUACCACCCUCGAUCGGAACCUCAGAUGCUGCAGCCAACGCCACAUCUGCCUCCAAGGCAUCUACAGGCUCAUCUUUCUCCUUCCCCGACUUAGACUACUCCGACUACAUUUCCGAUGCUUCACCCUCGCUGAAGGUGUCGGCCAAGUCGAUCCUUGACCAAGCUUUGUGGAAAUACACCAGUGUCGUCUUCGCUCAGCCGUUUGAGGUUGCAAAGCUCAUCUUACAGACCAGGGUCGCACAGGAAGAUGAUUGCGACCUGGCACACCGCCGACAAUCGAGCCUGAAAGAGGAGGACAUUGAGGCCGGCUAUGGCUAUGACGAUGAAUACCAACAUUCCUCGGACGAUGAACCAAAUUACUUCACUUCCAGUGCUCCCACGGGUUUACCGACCUCAGGUCGUUCCCCUCCGCGCGGGAGACGGGGGCGCCCGUCGCAACAAUUUUCUGAUUCAGGGCCACAGCGUCCAAAUAAGACCCGAGAUGGCCACCUGACCCUAAAGAACCCGCAUUCACUGAUUGACGCUCUCUCAGCGCUCUCGUCAGACAGCGGCGCACUGGCCAUGUGGCGAGCAACGAAUUCGACAUUUGUGUACAAUAUACUACUCAGGACACUAGAGACGUUUUUCAGAAGUUUUCUGGGAGCUGUGUUUGGUGUGGCAGAGAACGACAUUUUGCUUCCGUUGUCAUCAGGGUCAAUGCCGGAUACUUCAAUCCUCGCUUCCACCACCCCUGUCGCAACUGUCUUGAUCGCAACUGCAGCCACAGCUCUCUCGUCGCUGGUGCUGGCUCCAAUCGAUGCUGUUCGGACUCGUCUCAUUCUCACACCUGCGAGCCAAGAACCAAGAACUUUACUUGGAACAUUGAGGACCCUCCCAACCGCAUACUUGAUCCCUUCCCACCUCAUUCCUAUUACCUUCUUUUCGUCAACCAUUCCCACAUUAAUCUCUACCAGCACACCUGUUGUUUUAAAAUCAUACCUCGGACUGGAUCCAGCCAUGAAUCCAGCCAGCUGGAGUCUAGCCACAUUUGCCAGCUCAGCCCUAGAUCUGUCCAUCAAGUUCCCACUAGAGACGAUUCUUCGCCGCGCCCAGAUCGCCACGUGGACGGCACCAAGGCAAUCUCUUCCCACCUCGUCCUCAAAGAGGAAAGCCAUAGCAACCAUUGUUCCUGUACCUCAAUCCUACAGAGGUAUUCUACCUACAAUCUGGAGCAUUGUCAAGGAAGAAGGCUACUCUGAGUCCGAAAAGGACAAGGCUGCCGCUUUAAUGGGCAAAGCGCCUAGGAGGAAGAGAAAAGGCCAAGGGUUUGAAGGACUCUAUCGAGGAUGGAGAGUGGGGCUUUGGGGCCUUGUGGGUGUCUGGGGAACAUCUUUCGUGGGAGGACUGCAAAGUGGAAGUGAAGCUGCCAGCAGCGCUGGGAUCCAUGGAGGCAAAUUUUGAUGAAUACAUGCGGUAGCUACCAGCUCCCGUCCAUGUGGUUGUGGUUUGCUCUAGAUCGUAUGAGCAUGGCGUUUGACGAGUCGCGUGAAUGAGAUACCCCUACUCUUUUACUCUCAGCUCUUCUGUUGGACUUGUUUACUAUGUACAGAUUAUGUAAAGGCAUGAUGUAAGGUAGUUAAUGGAAUUCAUCCUCGACAGAUAUACUGGUACGUCAAAG